CAUCGCGAGAUUUGGGUGAAUCCGCUCCCAGUGAGAUAGGGCCUGGUUUUGAUUGCAUUUAUAUUGUGUGGAGAACACACAGGAGAUGGAGAUGUUCAUAGCCAACCCGUAAAGGUGUCAUUUUGCUACAAUUUGUUGCUCAUGUUUGACUAUGUGCUCUUGUGGAAGUGAGGCGAGGAAGCCGGGAGGAGUCAAGCGCAUGACACAAUGAGUCCUCCAGCUCUACCUGUGGACUUGCGGUGUUGUCACAGGUCCUUUGGCUGCAUUCAGCAGCAGCAGGCAAGCAAAUCUCAGCUCCCAACCCAAUUGACCUCUUCCCCAGGGUGAGGGUAUGGACAGACGAGCACAAUGAACAGAUACAGCACCCUCAAACAACUCGGGGACGGCACAUAUGGCUCGGUCAUCCUCGGACGCAACCUGGAGUCCGGAGAGCUUGUGGCCAUUAAGAAAAUGAAAAGAAAGUUCUACUCGUGGGAAGAAUGCAUGAAUCUCCGUGAAGUUAAGUCCUUAAAGAAGCUCAACCAUGCUAACGUGAUUAAGCUGAAGGAGGUCAUCAGGGAGAAUGACCACUUGUACUUUAUUUUUGAGUACAUGAAAGAAAACCUGUAUCAGCUAAUGAAAGACAGGACUCGGUUGUUCCCAGAGUCUGCUGUUCGAAAUAUCAUGUUUCAGAUCCUCCAGGGCCUUGCAUUCAUUCAUAAACAUGGAUUUUUUCACAGAGACAUGAAGCCUGAGAAUCUUCUGUGCAUGGGCCCAGAGUUGGUGAAGAUAGCUGAUUUUGGCCUCGCCCGUGAAAUAAGAUCUCGACCACCGUACACAGACUACGUGUCAACCAGAUGGCAAGUGAAUAUUGUCUUGAAGAUUCAUGCAUUACUCACUGGCAAAUUAGGUGGCUCCGGUCUGUGCUCCUUCUUAAAAAGAGGGAUCCACCACCCCGGUCUGCCAAUCCAGAGGCACAGUCCCCGAUGUCCAGAGUGUACCCUGCCUCUUGCCCAAAGUCAGCUAGGAUAUGUUCCAGCUCACCCUGAGGAAGACAAGCAGUACCGAGCACCGGAGGUCCUCCUCAGAUCCAUAUCCUACAGUUCCCCCAUAGACCAAUGGGCGGUGGGCUGCAUCAUGGCGGAGCUUUAUACCCUCAGGCCUUUAUUCCCGGGCUCCAGUGAGGUGGACACCAUAUUCAAGAUUUGCCAAGUUUUGGGUACACCAAAGAAGAAUGAUUGGUCGGAGGGAUUCCAGCUAGCCAAUGCCAUGUAUUUCCGAUGGCCUCAGUGUGUUCCCAGUAAUCUGAAGACACUGAUUCCGAAUGCCAGUCCUGAGGCCAUCCACCUGAUGACUGACCUGCUUCAAUGGGACCCCAAGAAAAGACCAACUUCUGCUCAGGCUCUCAGGUACUCGUACUUCCACGUGGGCCAGGCUUUGGGCACCCCUCAGCAGAUCCUGGAGCAGGGCAGACCCCAGUCUCAUCCGUUCCCCCCGCCGCCACCAUUAUUACAGUCCCAACAGACUCCACAGCAGCAACCGUUACAUCUGAGGCCUGUGCCUCCCUCUCAGCCACCGCCAGCGCACAACCAACACUGCACCCCCUCCAGGCCUGUGCAGCAGCUCCAGCCCUCCCCAGCCCCACCAGCGGCAUACCAACGGCACAUGGAGCUGGUUCGAGAGCAGCAACCGAAGCACCUUCUCAAGCAGGAACCCAGAGAAGGAACACCACAGAUUCAUUUACCUUACAUUCUUGACAAGAGUAAGACGAGGCAGGAAAGUGACAACACAAACCCACUAACCUAUCAGAUGAAAGCGAAGGGCGGGCGUCGCCGCUGGGGUCACAGCACAGGACACCUUAAAGAGGACGAGUGGGACGACUACGAAGACACUGAAUUGACGCCAUCGAGUAUUCUGGGAAAAAGCAACUCCUCUAAAGACAAGUCCAGACAGGCAGAUGAACCACUUAGAAGAUAUAGCGACAUUCUGGACUUCAGUCACCCUAACGGCAAAGAAGAAGCACCUUUAAACCUCAACAAAGCUUCGGGCUACCAGGAAUCGGCAAGGACUGCGUCUGCCAAACAACACUACCUGAGGCAGUCUCGAUAUUUACCAGGUAUCACCACAAAGAAAAAUGUGGCCAUAAAUGUGAAUAAAGACAUGUCCGGAAGCCAUCUGUGGGGCAACAGCAGUAUACCAUUUGGUGGUACACUACCAAGCAGAGGUCUUCAUGGCACAAAUACAAUUCCAGCUGGAAGCUUGCCAAGAUUUUACACAAAAGAUGUCGGUUCUGCUGGUCACAGAGGUCAUCAGGGUCCUUCUUUGGAAUCAACAGCAUCAAAUUAUGCAACAUGGCGAUCCACUCGGAGCCAGAGGACCCCCUCCACCAAUGUGGCCCACAAAAGCCCCCCUUGUCUGUUACCACGUGUACCAGUACAGAGCAUCCACGGGCGAAUCGACUGGUCUGCCAAAUAUGGACACCGCUAGUGGCCUGGAAGACACUCUUUAAUUUACCUCCCAAAGAGUAAUCAAAGGCUGUACAUACAUCUUAACAGCAAUAAUGUUUGCUUCACUACACAUACCAUGGAUGUGUGUGUGUGUGUGUGUGUGUGUGUGUGUGUGUGUGUGUGUGUG